AUGAGUUACCAGCCCGUCCACAGCUCGGAAGCCGCGGCGGCGCCCGAGACGCAGUAUGAUCGGAUGAAUCCCUCGGGCCCAGAAAGCUUGUCUGCCAGAGACUCGGACUCGACCCAAACCCGGACCAAGGCACCUGCAGACGGCGUCGUCGUCGAGAAAGAUGCAGACCCAGACCGCCGCAGCCAAACGGGCUCUUUGACACCUUUGGGCAGAUUCGGACGAUGGGUCACGGAAAUUCUGGCGUACAUGGUCUCGCUCGUCGCCUUGGCUGCAAUCGUCAUCACCCUCGCGACGCAUGAUGGACGUCCGCUUCCGGACUGGCCGUUUAGGGUGUCGAUCAACGCCCUGAUAUCCGUGUUUGCCGUCAUCCUCAAGGCCACCAUGCUGAUUCCGGUUGCCGAAGCCGUCAGCCAGUUGAAGUGGUCAUGGUACAAAGAAGCCCGUCCGCUCCACGACAUGGCAAGAUUCGACCACGCAAGCCGUGGGGUCUGGGGAUCGCUCAAGUUCAUCCGUUACCUGCACGUGCGGAACAUGGCAACGCUUGGGGCCAUCAUCACGGUGCUGGCCACAGCCAGCGACCCAUUCAUCCAGCAGGUGGUCAGGUACCAUUCCUGCACGCAGGACGAGUCCAGCGAGGCUGCAUCCAUCCUGCGGACAAACAACUACACGGAGACCGGGGCCCACGUCGGGGCCGGCAUGACCACGCUGGACCUUCCCAUGCAGGCGGCGCUCUACCAAGGCGCCUACAACUCGUUCCAGGGCGUGGAGCCGGCGUGCGGGACGGGCAACUGCACGUACCCGGACUACAGGACGCUCGGCAUGUGCAGCUCGUGCGAGGACUACUCGGCCGCGAUCAACAAGUCAUGCAUCGAGACGAGCCCGUCGUCGCUGGCAUGCAACUGGACGCUGCCGUCGGGGCUGCAGCUCUCGCUGCCGUACCCCAUCACCAUGGUCAUGGGCUCGGGCGACGCCAGCGUCUACGGCUCGACGUGGAACGAGACGGCGCUGGUGACGACGGAGCUGCUGACGCUGCCGGACGCCCCCACGUACUCGUCGACCGGGGGGUCCAUCGCCGACUUCGUGACGGCGGCGUACCGGUGCUCGCUCUCGCCGUGCGUGCGCACCUACCGGCUCAACGUCACGCAGGGCGUCGCGCGCGAGACGCUCGUCGACACGACGCCCGUCACGCGCUACACGAUGGAGGUGCCGUGGUCGAGCUACUCGGCGACGCCCAUGCCCUGCCUCCUCAACGGGACGUACCGCGACGCCACCGACUUCACGCAGCCCAACGCCACCAACACGUUCGAGACGUGGGGGGUGCUCCCGGGCAACGCGUCGGCGGCGUGGCUGCCCAAGGAGUGCGUCUUCUGGUACCCCAACACGCUCGGCGCGCAGGAGUUCCUGCCCGGCUUCCUCAACGGCUCCGUCUGGUACGCGCCCGAGGUCGACGAGUCGGACCCGCCGUGGCUCGGCCAGCUGUACAACAAGGGCAACACCAGCCUCGGCCUCGUCGCGAGCCUGUGGGAGAGCAUGGCCGACAGCAUGACGGCGAACAUGCGCCGCAACGGCGACGCGAGCAACAGCGACCCCGCCCAGGGCAUGGCCCAGCGUACCGUUACGUGCGUCAGUGUGCGCUGGCCGUGGCUGGCGUAUCCGGCCGCGUUGUUGGUGCUGACGGCCGUCUUCUUGGCCGCGACCAUCGUGGAGAGCGUGAGCAGGAGCGGGUUUCAGAUAUGGAAGGGAAACCCGCUGGCGUUGCUGUUCCACGGCUUGGAUGGCGACGAGGUGGCCAAGUAUCGCAGGGAGGUGACGCAUGAGGGGCAGAUGGAGCAGGUGGCCAAGACGGUGCGGGUGAGGAUGGGCGAUUUGGGGACCGGGAUGAAGUUGAUGGAGGUGCCGCAUCAAGAGUGA